GUUGCCAUCCCUCACGUGACGAGGCCAUAAAAAAGCGAGGCGAGGGGGAGGAGAGGGAGGCGCCGACAAGGAGCUCCUCCAGCUCGAUCCAGUACUUCGCCGAAGCCGACUUCGCCGCCGCCGCCGCCGACAGGACAGGAUGUUUCUCACGAGGACGGAGUACGACCGCGGGGUGAACACCUUCUCGCCGGAGGGGCGGCUGUUCCAGGUCGAGUACGCCAUCGAGGCCAUCAAGUUGGGAUCUACUGCCAUCGGGUUGAGGACAAAGGAUGGUGUUGUCCUGGCUGUUGAGAAACGUGUCACCUCGCCACUUCUGGAACCAAGCAGUGUGGAGAAAAUCAUGGAAAUUGAUGAGCACAUAGGCUGUGCCAUGAGUGGACUUAUUGCUGAUGCUAGAACGCUAGUCGAGCAUGCUCGUGUUGAGACCCAGAACCAUAGGUUCUCAUAUGGGGAGCCAAUGACUGUAGAAUCUUCCACACAAGCUAUCUGUGACUUGGCUCUGCGCUUUGGUGAAGGUGAUGAGGAGUCAAUGUCACGGCCAUUUGGAGUCUCUCUCCUAAUUGCUGGACAUGAUGAGAAUGGACCUAGCUUGUACUACACUGACCCAUCUGGGACCUUUUGGCAAUGCAACGCAAAGGCAAUUGGAUCAGGCUCUGAAGGAGCUGAUAGCUCCUUGCAGGAGCAGUAUAACAAGGACCUGACCCUUCAGGAGGCGGAGACCAUAGCCCUUUCUAUUCUGAAGCAGGUUAUGGAAGAGAAGGUGACCCCAAACAAUGUUGAUAUUGCCAAGGUCGCCCCCAAGUACCACUUGUACACCCCCGCCGAGGUCGAAGCCGUCAUUGCAAGGCUGUGAAACACUUCCCGAUUCUUGCGCUUCUCAUCAUCAAUCAGUAAUAGACAGUCAUUGUACGAAGCGUGGACAUGUGAUUCGGGCCUCUGCCUAGUGUGUUGCCAUGGCUGUCUUCAUACACUGUUUUCAAUUCCCGCAGGGGCAGUCGCUGAUAGUCUGAUUCACAGCCCAGUUGGCUUAGCUGUCUGUUUUUAAGUAGCGUUGAGAACUUCUGUACUUAUGAUUUUUUUUUUUUUGAAAAAGAGUGCCACUUUCCUGUUGGGUUGAAUUGUAAUAGUGGUUCUCGUCUCAUCUGUUGAGUUUUUCACGCCCAGUUA